GGAUUUAGUUGUAAUGGUUGUACUACUCAUGAGUAGUUGAGUGUUUACUACAUAAUUUGUAACUUGCAUUUUAUUGGUUAGUAUGAUCGAACAAUCUAGAAGUUGUUUUCUAUUGGUCGAAACAUUGACUGUUUGGUCAGCCAUUUUGUUUGGCAUUCUAUUCGCUUGGUGUGUGGGACACGGAUCGUUGUGAUAAUUUGUUGUUGUUGUUGUUGUUGUUGUUGUUGCUUAAUCACCUUGAAUAACCACAUACGAUAUUUAUUUAACUGUUCCAAAUAAAUAUUCCGAAUACUCAAAGAGCUUUUAAUUCAUUGACUUCGGGUGCGUUAUUCUGGUGAAUCUAACGUUAUGCAACGGGAAUCCUACAUUUAUUCAAGUUUUUUUCCGUCAACAACGACAACAUCUAGAAGAUAGUAUGCCAGAUUUAUCUGCUCAGUUAGAAAAACCUGAAAGUCCUGUCUUAAGCUGCCAAAAAAGCCUACGUGAGAAGGAAAUGGAAAUAGAAUUGGCGAAGCUAAAAUUACAAGAAGUGGAAAAAAGGCUCUUGUUGGAAACGCUGUUACGAGAAGGAUGUCCCCAAAAUUCUAGCGAAAGAGGAGACAUGAAAAGCGACACCUGUCCCACAACGAAUUAUGUAGAAAGAUACUUCGAACUGCCAAAGCCAGAAAUAAGGAGAUUUGACGGAAACCCAAAGGAGUAUUGGAUAUUCACGAAAGGGUUUCAGAAAGUUGUAGAACAAGCGACAACCGACGACGCCAUACGUUUGAAUUACUUAAUGCAAUUUUGCACAGAUUCCCGAGCGGAAAAUGAAGAACCUAAGGUGGCAUUUGCAGUGGUCCCAGUAAUUCUCCGCAAUCGUGACCGUACGGAAGAAACUUUAGCAUUCUUGGAUAGCGGCUCUGACUCGACAUUGGUGUAGAAUUCUUUUUGAAUGUU